GGGAGGAAGAGCGUCUACCGUUGAGCUUUGUCCGUGAAAACACCCUCCGCUGCGGGAUAUAACGGCGUUAUAACACGCGGGGCGGCCAGAUCGAUAACGUCAGCCCAUCAUCACGAUCGUUACUUGACGUUGGGGAGGUGGGGGCGCGACGCACCAAACAUGCUUCAGUCUCUCGCCGGCAAUUCCUGCGUGCGCCUCAUCCAGAGUCACAAAUCGACGUGGUACUUCGCGUCGCUCGUCGCCGGCUACCUCCUGUAUCUGGUGUUCGGCGCCGUGGUCUUCUCCUCGGUGGAGCUGCCGUACGAGGACGUGCUGCGCCAGGAGCUGCGGGCCCUCAAGAGGCAGUUCCUCCAGGAGAACGAGUGUCUCUCCGAGGAGCGCCUGGAGCGCUUCCUGAAGAAGGCGCUGGACGCCAGCAACUACGGGGUGUCCAUCCUCAACAACGCGUCGGCCAACUGGAACUGGGACUUCACCUCGGCGCUGUUCUUCGCCAGCACCGUGUUGUCCACCACAGGAUAUGGUCACACGGCACCUCUGUCCGAUGGCGGGAAGGCCUUCUGCAUUAUCUACUCGGUGAUUGGCAUCCCCUUCACCCUCCUCUUCCUCACGGCCGUGGUGCAAAGGAUCAUGGUGUUCAGCACGCGGAGGCCCGUCACGUACUUCCACACGCGCUGGGGCCUGUCCAAGCCGCUGGUGGCCAUCGUUCACGCCACCCUGCUCGCCACGUUGGCCGUCUCGUGCUUCUUCCUCAUCCCGGCCGCUAUCUUCUCGGCGCUUGAGGAGAACUGGAACUUCCUGGAGUCCUUCUACUUCUGCUUCAUCUCGCUGAGCACCAUUGGCCUGGGGGACUACGUACCCGGGGAGGCCACUAAUCAGAGGUUCAGGGAGCUCUACAAAAUGGGCAUCACUGUCUACCUGAUCCUGGGUCUGAUCGUCAUGCUGGUGGUGCUGGAGACCUUCUGCGAGCUGCAGCAGCUGAAGCAGCUGAGGAAGAUGUUCUACCUGAAGAAGGACAAGCCGCAGGACCGCCUCAUCAUCUUGGAGCAUGACCACCUGUCCUUCACCACGGUGUCCAACAGAGCCUUAGCCCACCACGAAGACAAAACCCAUCCGUUUGUCAGUGUCUCAACCCUCGUCACUCCCAUCGACGACCCCAUGAUUCAGUAAAACAAACAGCAGGGUUCCGCGUCUGCUGAAGGAUUAGAUUAUAAACAUCGGGGGGGGGUAAUGCUCGCUAGACUAUACAUCGGUAGAAUGAGUAGAUCACAGACGUUCUGCAAUGCUCAGCCCUGCACAUUUUAGUAGUGAAAACUAGCUCAGACUAUUCAGAUCAAACAAACAAUCUCCUUUACAGAGCCACAAUACUGGCAAUAUAGUGCUAUGCGGCAGAUAUUAAAUUUAUGCACAUUAAUUAGGGUUGAAAUUAAGAUUUACCAGUUACUGUGAAGUCAAAGUCAGUGAUAAAACGAAAAGCCUGCUGCUGUAUUAAUGACUCGCAGGAGCUUAGCUCCGCCAUGAACUCUUAUUUAUUGCACAUUUAGGAAAAGUAAUUGGUCUCUUAAAUCUAGAUGAAAUGUAGGACACCUAUCUGUAGUCUGUCACAAAAUAGUACAUAAAUAUGUUUGUAUCUUAUGAAGAGAUGCUGAACAGGUACGCUGACUGUACAUAACCAGGUGAAGGAUGUGAAGUAUAAUGUCAUCUUGAAUGAACACACCUGAAGAUGAGCCAGAGUGUAGCCACGGCAUAAAGCAAAUUGAGUAAUUCAAUCUCAUUUUACAAUUUUUAACAUUACUUUUGUUGCAAACAGAGGGGGAAGCUCUGAAACGCCCGAUUGUGAUAUUUUCCAUUGGCUUCAAUUGUUUUUUUUCGAAGAGUUUUUUGGGGGGUCAGGGGCCUGUUUUUCCAUUGCACACUGUGUGUCACAUGGUGGACUGAAGACGAGGUCGCUGUCGACCCUGAACGAAGCAUCUGCAUAGUUUACAUCUGUGUAGUUUUGCUCUCUAUGUUUUGUUAUUAUUAUAUUUGUUAUUUUUGGGCUCAUCUUCACCGGGCUGUUACUUCUUCUGGUUGAGCUCCGCAUUGUCACAUUUCAUUGCAAGGGGAGAUAUCCAACCCAAGAUGUGUGUAUUUUCUCAGCAUGUUGCAGUGCUAUUUGGAAGCGGGGUGAUAAGCACUAUAAUUUAUUGAUUUUUGUGUGAAAGGCUUAAUGUGUGCUGGACUGUGUGAAAAAAAAAGAAAAGGGAAAGGAGGUUAGCCCAGUUUAAAAAGGGAACCACAGGGCGCUGGCUGGCCCAUUGCAUUUUUCAGUCAAUAGAAAGAGCUCAGUUUGCACAUGUACUGGAACCAGGCAGUGGUACAAAAAAAAAGUUUGGGGGAUUUCUAUGAAAGGAAAAGGAGGUUGUUCCAAAGAUUUCAUCUGUAAACAGGAAAUUUUUUUUAAUUGAAAAAGACGAUUAAGGCUUGACAAUUGAGAGCAAGACAUUGAAGAGAAUCUAUUUUACUGUAUUGACAUCAUUUGAAUGUCAAAAUGUAUAUUUUUAGAUAUGGCACGAGGAACAUUUACAAAAUGUUGUCAGCGAUCCGUGAAGGUAAUUCUGUACUUAAAUCGGCGCAUUAGGGAAACUUGAAAAUAUAAAUUCAACAUCCCAGUUCUAAUUAUCUACCACGUCAGUUUAAAUCUCAUCACCCGACGACAACGACGACUUUCCAGAGUUUGAAUUAAAACCAGUGGAUCUCCACUUGCAUGUUUGCAAGACACUGACAUUCAACUCCUUAUGUGUGUUUUUGAAAAUGUGUUUCUAGCAGGAGGCGAAAAGUAUCGAUUACAUGCUCUUACCAUCCGAAGUGUACAAAAAAAGAAUCGGUCUUAUCAACGUGUCAGUCUCCGUUUGCUGCUGAAUUUUUGACCUCAUCUGUCUCUGCUGCAUCGCUACAUCCACACACAGUUGCAGUGUUUGAUAAAGUCUUGAAUGUAAUGUUUUUUUUUAAAAACCCUGUUUGCUAUAGUGAGAUUCGAGGCCUGACCAGAGUGCAGCAUUACCUCUUGCUGCUCCGCUGGCUCUGUGAGCUUAGUAGUGACAAGUGUCACGACGACUUGCGAAUUCAGCACCUGAGUUACUCCCUCGUCUUAAAUACUGUGUUUUAUAGAUGAGUGGUAUUGUUGUUGAUUUUAUUUUUCCACCAGUCUGGGCCUUCAUGCAAACUGUGACACUCUGCAUACUGUCUGCGGAGAAAAACGUGUCGGGGUUUCUCUUACUGUUUUCGUAGAUCCGUUAAAUAGAUCAAUGUCAAGGCUUUGUCCCCUCAGCGUUCCUGUGUUCGUCACCAUACAGCCUGUCCCGAGGCUGAGAGCUGCCGGGUAACGUCUUUCUAGUUCUGUCUAGAGAGUAAACAUUGUGUCAAGGAUAACUGAUGUGAGCACACUGACAUUCAUUAUUUAUGCAGACAAAAUUGAUACGUUUGGUUGAUUUAGGAGCAGGUUUGAGUACAUAUCUCUCCAGUCGUUGCGGUGCAUACUGUAGAUAUGUGGGCACAGUUGAGUAUUUUCGUGCUGCUGUACCGAUAUUGUACAGGUUUGCCAGGGAGCACAAAGGUUUUUUGUAAAAUCCAUUUCAGCAUAAAAAGUGACUUCAUGAACUGUAAAAUAUCAGUGUGUCUUCAAUAAAGUGUUGCUUUGUUAUAACUUAA